CAGCGGAACUAUUGAAGCAGAGUCAGAAAGCAGAGACGGAAAUAUUACAGUGUUGCACAUACAAAAUAAUUAAGCAUGGCGUCGGGUCGUUUGUGCAGACUAAACAGUCUCCUAACGCGACUCUCCGGUCGCACUCGGUUAUCGUGUGUACAAACUUGUUUGGUCCCAGCUCGCCAGAAGUCCAGUGUUGGUACUACUUCUCUUGAUGGACCUGAAUGUAAUGUGGAAAUGGGUGUGACCUCAGAUGGAAAAACCAUAGUGUGCUACCAUCCCACUGUGGACAUUCCCUAUGAGCUUACCCAGCCUAUAGAAAGACCAGACCCAAUGGCCAACCAGGUCGAGACGCACGACCAGGUUUUAAAGGCCCACCUCAGCAAGGAGGUGCUCAAGGACAACGGCCCCACAAUAGAAGAGCUGAGCAAGAUGUUCUUCACUACAAAACACCGCUUUUAUCCAAUUGGACAGUAUCGAAGGCGACGCAUAAAUAAGGACCCACCGAAGGACAGAUAGCUACCAAACAGCAAAUGAUAUCCUUCUGUUGUCACUAUAAUGUUAAAUAAACUGUUAAAUAAUAA